AUGUCAAUGAACAUUGAAGCAUUGUUUUCAGUGCUACUAGUGGCACUAUGCAGUACUGUCUUGCUAGCCAAUGCGCAGUUUCUACCACCCAAUGCUCCUUCGAUUCCAGGCCUGUUUCCACCAGGAAUGCCGCAGGAUGCACUAAAGUGUUGGUCAUCCCUAACCAACAUUAGUGGAUGUGCUUUGGAAGUCUUUCGCUCUAUUUUCAGCUUGCAAUUUGGCAACAUUGGUCCCAACUGUUGCAAGGCCUUUAUUGGUUUGGAGCAAAGCUGUUGGCCUAGAAUGUUUCCUUUGAAUCCUUUCUUUCCUCCAUUGCUCAACAACAGCUGUUCUCUCAGAGGAGGUUUUGUGCCACCGGCAUGA